CGUCCCCCAUCAUCACCGCCCACCCUCUCGCCCACCAUGGUGGCCGCAAAAAAGAAGAAGCCACCGGCUCAUUCCGACUUCACAAAGUCAAAGUCGUCGCUCAAGGCCAAGCAGCGUGCCGUCCCUUCGAAUGCGACGAACACGUCGUUCAAAGCGCGCUCCAUUGUGCUGCCGAACCAAUCGACGAUCACCGACAUACAAGAGCGUCGAGCUACCAAGCUCACCGAUGACAAGGGACGAGGUGUAGCAGAGCUUGUCACCAUCUUGAGAGGGGUUGGCCAGGGUGGAGCAAGUAAGAGCGAGGCAUUGGAUUCGCUGGGCGCCCUCUUGCCUCGACUGCCCGACUCGACUACCACUACCCUCGGCCUGCUGCCAAUCGUGUUGCCCUUGAUCACAUCGAGCGCAGAGCAUACACGCAAAUCUCUGCAUCGCUUCGUUGUCACAGCACUGCAAGACCUGCCUCGCGAUGCUCUGGCGCCCUAUGCGACGACGAUGACGCUGUGGCUCACCAGCGGAAUGAACCACAUCUGGAAGGAGGUACGAGAGGAUGCAGCUCGAUUGGCAGAAGCCGUACUAGACUUCGUCGGGCUCGACAUGGUCAGAGGUUGGCAGCUAGGUGCGACCAGCGCACAAGAUGCUACCGCCACCACCAGCAAUCGGGCAGAAGAUGCCAAUACCAACAAUGGACAGCGCCUCUUUGCCUCCCUCUUGACUUCGCUGGGCGUAUCGCAUUACGGCGCCGGGCCGUCGUCGUCCUCUUCAUCUUCGUCCACACCAUCAGUCAAUAUCCAGACGGACCUCUCAUCAUCCCCACUCAGCAAGAUGCGUCUCAUGCGCUGCCUCGACAAGCUGGUGCGAUGUCAGAGCGGUCUCGUCGCUGGCUCACCGAGCGAAGAGACACAAGGACCACACCAUCGUCGUGCCGCAGCUACGACGUCCGAAUUUCCCCUCUGGAUCUUCCGCUCGUGUUUCACCUCCAGCGCUGAUUGGGAAGCCUUCGUCUCCGUUGCCAGGCAUGGCGCAAAGACGGCCGAAAGCCAAGGCAACUCCGAAUUCGUCCCAUCCGCGGCGGGAUAUGCACUCGUUGAGCACUCGAUGGCAGCAGCCUCCGCUCCCCUCUGCGAUGUAGAUGCCUCAGCGGGCAGAAGCCUUUCUGAUGGCGAACUUCUCGCUGCAGUCAGCGCGGUCGCGAACCUCAGCGGCAGCAGCGGCACCGCUCCUUCGGUUUCAUCUUCAUCCUCAAAUCCUUAUCUGGCGCUGUAUGCCUCGCUCCACCCGCUCCUCCUCUCCACCUUUCUCGAUCAUGCACCGGCUACCCUCGGCCCAGAUGCAUCUUCGAGAGGAGGUAGCGAAGUGCCCCUUGGCCUGAAGCUCAUCGACGCCGUACUCAGUCUGGCACGCACCCUCGGUCGAGCAGCUUUGCGAUCUUCAAGUGCUCACUCGGGGCCAGCGACCAUCUCAUCAGGCGAUAGAGCCGCCAUCGCUAAUCUCUGGUCACUGCUGGACCGGGCAGCGAUCUACUUCCCCUUUGAGCAGCGAGCUAGCGCUCUGGUUGACGAGCGCACAGGCCUCUUGCGGAGAAUGAGCGCAGCUUGGUGUGAGCUCGUGGGAGCUUGCAGGAUGGUGACUGAACCGAUGGACAGCGCAAAACCUGCUGUAGUAGCUGCUGCGGCUAAGGGCAAGAAGAAGAGGGCAAAUGCUGCCUCAGCUGCUGCCCACCUCUCAUCCGUCGAGGAAUACCUCGUUUCACUUCUUGCCCAACCUUCCAGCAGUGGUGCCGACCUCUCUACUAUCGGCGCGCCUUCGACUCAGCAAGGCCGUCUCUCAGAGGAGGAAUACUUGGCCCUACUACCAACCGUAUGGCAUCUUGUCUGCCACGCUCGUGAUGAGAGCGACGAGGUUGAGGAUGCCAUGCCCUCAUCCUCAUCGGCAGCUUCCCUCCUCUCAACACUCAUCUCGCACUGGUCGCAAAGUAGCGGACCUGGCAGCUCGUCGACCAGCUUGCACAGCUUGGGCCUGCGCUUCCUCCUUUGCAUAUGCCUCGUAGCAUCUCAGCCUAGCUGCUCACUUGCGCCGUCGCUGCGUACGUUGCUUGCUAGACCGCGGUCCGACGUGAGGGUGGCGCUGCGUGAUGGUUUCCUCGCGCCGGGACGAGGGGGAGGUGGCGGGUUGGGAAGGGCGCUGUACGAGGUGGCGGCCAAAGCAGGAAGGGAGGCGGAGCUGCUUGGGUCGAUUCGAUGUCUGUUGGAGGUAGUGAGAAGUCACUCGCCGCUCCUCGAUGCUGGAGGUACUGGCACAAUCACCCCUGCGGGCCAGGACGUCGAGUCGCGAUUAGCUGCCUCCCUCUGCCCGCUCUUUUGGGUUCCAGCCGUGAUCAAGAAGGGAGGCGUUGUAGCAAGAAAGGAGACACCUGGACCGUACGUGCGAGCAGUGCAGAGGACGCCUCCUGCAGCUCGUGGGGAGAUGGACGCAGUUGCGAGAGCAUUGGCCGAGUAUCUGGACGAUGAAUCGCUGAGUGGAGCGAUGCGUAAGACUGGCGUUCUUCCGCAGAAGGAUCAUGGGGCCAUGAUGACCACAUAGACGAUUGCAUCGUAAUACCAUGCACUACGACCCGUGCUAC